AUGGCACAAGCAGCGGCGCCGUUUGCGCCGGCAGGAGCGUCGGCACCACUGCAGCACGCAGCCUCGGCCGUCGUCGGCGCACUCAUGCUGCCCUGGCAGCGGCGUCCCUGCUUGUCCCAGAACCAUAGCAGCGACCACCACCACCACUACCAGCAGCAGCAGCAGCAGCUCCGUGCUUACGCGGCGGCCAAGGCCACGGGCAAGCAGAAAGGCGGCGCCAAGGGCAAGGGCGCAGCCGCCCCAAAAAAGAAGCCCAAGGCGAGGAUUGAAGUCAAGAAGAUGGACGAGAAGGACCCCCUGCUGCAGCGCGUGCUGACCAUGCUGGUCCCUCAGGACCGCAGCGCGCCCGCCGAGGCGCCCGAAGCGCUCGCCGCCAACCAGGCGCACGCCAAGGCGUACUCGAGCCGAAAAAUGGCGGAGCACAAGGCGUGGCGCGCAGGCAUGCUCGACAAGCUGCGGCUCAAGCAGGCCGCGCUGGCCGCGCUGCCGCCGGCGCUGAGGCUGGCGGCGGCGCAGGAGGACCUGGAGCCGUUCCCACUGACGCGGCAUGCGCUGUACGAGACGCCGCCGGAGGGGUACCGCGGCUGA